AGUAAAGACUAAGCAUAUACUGAUCUAUCUGCAUAACAGCCCCCUCCCAUUCAAUAUGGUCAAGAAACGUAUGCCUCGAGUCUAUCUGAUUCGUCAUGGUGAGACUGAAUGGUCGUUGAAUGGACGGCAUACGGGAAGUACCGAUAUACCCUUGACGGAGAACGGUGAACGGAUAGUGAAAGAGAUGGGACCGAGGAUCUUUGGACCAAACAACCUCAUCAACCCUGAGCAUAUCCGACAUGUGAUCAUUUCGCCUAGACAACGUGCUCAAAAGACUGCAGAGCUGCUAUUCGGCUCUCACCCACCCCCUUCCUGUUCGUUUACCACGGAUCCUGACGUCCAAGAAUGGGAUUACGGCAAAUACGAAGGGAUGUUGACCAAGGAUAUCCGGAAAGAAAAGCCAGAUUGGAGUAUUUGGGAUGACGGUUGUCCGCCUGGGUCCGAGACUCCAGGAGAAACUCCACAACAAAUGAGCGAUAGAGUAGACAAGGUGAUUGAAAAAGUCCGCAAGAUUCAUCGCGAGGCCGAGCAAAACGCAUCGGGUCCCGAUGAUGUAGAUCACUCGGACGUGAUCAUCGUCUCCCACGGCCAUUUCUCUAGGUCGUUCAUUGCUAGGUGGUGUGAUUUCCCCAUUCAAGCGGGGUAUCAUUUUGCAGCGGAUGCCGGCGGGCUCGCAGUGCUAGGAUACCAGCAUAUGACUCUCAAGGAGCCGUCACUGAUGGGGCUCAAUUGGUACACCGAAGACAGUCUACAAAAGCGAUGAGCAGUAACACGAUAUCAGCAUAGCCCUGUCGUAUCCUUGGCAGAUGUGCUAUUCCCCUAUCGUGUCCACAUAUGCAUUGUAGCACCUUCCAGCU